AUGCUGCCAGGGUUGCCGAAUAACAUUGAACGCUACCGACAGACGCGCUCAGAAAAGUCGGUUAUCUGGCAUCCCUGCUUCGUGAGGCGCAGUUUCGCCAUGGGAACAAAGGAGCUGUUCUCGAAGCCCCAGUCACCUGUCUGCGCGCACUACGUUCUUCUGUCCUCGCUGACGCGGAGUAUAAAAGCGCCACUCUCGACUCAGCUGGCAUUAUCCACUUUCUGCUCGUUUGGUAAGCUGUUCUGGGUCACCAGUGUGUGGACGAACGGCCGCCGCAAAUUCUCCUCAUCUCAAGUUAAAGGAUUGUCCGUGAGCACCAUACGAAGUUCGAAAGACAUGGCAGUGUCGCAGGUUCGUCAGAAUUUCCACGAAGACAGCGAGGCCGGGAUCAAUAAGCAGAUCAACUGGGAGUUGUAUGCAAGCUACACCUAUAUGUCCAUGGCUGGAUAUUUCCGUCGUGACGAUGUUGCUCUCCCGGGAUUCGCCAAGUUCUUCGAACACAGCUCUAAAGAAGAACACGAACAUGCGAGGAAGCUUAUUGAUUAUCAGAACCAACGAGGAGGACGAGUUGUUCUAAAUCCCAUUGACAAGCCCAAUAGGGAUGAGUGGGGAAGUGGACUGGAUGCUCUCAUUGCUGCACUUGACUUGGAAAAAACUGUCAAUAAGUCCUUGUUGGAAUUGCAUAAAAUCGCUGACGGGCAUGGAGACGCCCAGAUGUGCGACUUCUUGGAAUCGCACUACCUGGAAGAACAGGUUGAAUCCAUCAAAGAGAUUGGUGACCUGAUCACGCAGUGCAAACGCGUUGGCCCUGGUUUGGGCGAAUGGCACUUCGAUCGAGUGAUGCAUGACAAGAGCACUUGAACUGGAGCCAGAUGUCGAUUCAAUCAGUCCAGCCAAUCUUCUAGAGUACUUCACGCUAUCCUGUACCUUGAUUCUGAAGAUGUACACCAUAUUUAGGUGUUCCGCGCUGUUCAAUCCAUUUCUAUAAUGACGUGAAAUAAAGAGCAACUGCAUAAAGA